GAUCAGAGCGGGCGGCGGACGAGGGCACAGGACUUCUCGGAGUGUGCGUACGACUUACGACUCGUCCACAAAAUACUGUAACUAUUCUGUGAAUAUAUUUAAAAAGCAAUACAACCAUUUAAUCAACCAGAGAGAGAGAGAGAGUAAAUUAAGUGAACUCAAAGUGAACUUAACGGCUCCGCUCGGCCAACACAUAACCCACAUCACUUAACUAAAAGGCUAUUGUGUUGUCUCACGACUUCUAUCAACUGGAGAAAGCAGGCAACGGUACACCGGACCUCACGUGAGAUAACAGUUCGCGCCUUAAUCAAAAACACACACAAAAAAACAGCCAACAAAAAGGCUAACAAAAGUGGUGAACCGCGGCUUCCGGACCUUCUCCGAAGUGUUCUGUGUGUUAUCUCUCUCUCUUUUACCACUUAACACUUAACGGUGGCAAGUGUCGUCAAGGGGCAGACAGGAAAGUGUGCAGGAAAGCUGACACAAGCAACGCCAUUCCCCCUUGGCCCGUCCGAGUCGAGUCAGCACACUCCACCACACCGCCCCGCGCGCCCCGCGCGCCCACAUCGCCCACUGUCGGGAUCCCGCUUCCCAAUUCUGGGACGCCCACUUGUCUGCCUACGACACAGUCAUUCGUGGGUGGGCGCUUACCUUCGCCUUGGUGGAGAUCUUGGUGGAGCGUGGUCGCUCCUCCGCCCCUUCCUCACCGCUGCCAGCCGCUGCCGGGCACUGCCGGCGGUCUCUCUGGCCGCUCCAAGGACGCGGGGACAGCCAGCCAAGGACGGGGACAGCCAGCCAAGGACGAGGGCGAGCCAGCCGAGGACGAAGGAGUGCCACGGGCACAAUCUUCACACUUUUUUUUUAUGGUCAGUCUGAUAAAGAGAUAGACAUUUUGGCCAAGGAGUUCCAGAAGUUGAUGCAGGAUUCGGAAGCGCCCGCCGAGGAUGACAAUUCCCGUGUCCUAAGGAGCGGGUCAACUCAUGACAGAGUUCCUCCUCCUCCUCCUCCUUCUUCUCUCCCGCAUGAUAACAAAGGUAAUAUCUUGACUAACCAAGAAUUAACAAUGGCUACUAACACUAUUAAACUUCUGCCGACUACGGCAUCAGUCAGAGCUUUCGCAGGCAAUGAACCGGAUUACAGUGCGAGAGACUUCAUCCUGCAAUGCGAGGAUGUUAUGAACAACUCAUUUGUGUCAGAACCGGGUGAUAAAAUCUCCUUCAUUAGGUCUAGAUUAAAGCCGGGGUCAGAAGCAUCAGCUAUUAUGUACACCAGCGCGUUCAUGGAACCGCAACAAACCAAGGAUUAUGCCCAGUUUCGGUCACAUUUUCUGGAGUCUUUUGGGGAAGAUGUUAGGCACAGCCUCGUCAAAGGUGUUAAUGUAGCUGUGACCAAAUUGAUUUCAGCUGUGGAGAGUAAAGAGCUUUUAGCCGGACAAGUAGACGCCUAUCGGUUGUCUACUGAUAUGGGCGUCUAUCUGAAAGCUGGUGGCUGGACUGAGGGAGAGAAUAUGUCUCUAUCCAAUGUUCUCAAAUUUUUUGAAUUUUUUGUAUACAUGGCUGUCAUCAAGGGCCAGUUUCGAAAAGGUUCUUUAUCCCUAGCCUACGGCCCCACUGUCAAGUUGCACGACUUCAUGCUUAAAAUAAAAACUAAGAUGGAGGAGAAAGACGGAGCGCCAGUCCCCGCUGUAGCCUCUGUCGACCAGAAGGCCGCUAAUGUUAGCGCGUCCUCAUCAGUGGUGGCGGCCACCACCGAAAAGCCUAAGCGCCACUGUUCGUACUGUCAGCGCGAUGGUCAUACGGUUGACUAUUGUCUAAAACGUCAGCGGGAUUGCAAGGCUACUCGGGAGAAGGGAGGCUCGCCGAUGUCAGGCAAAUCUGCUUCUCAGAAGACCCCGGCCGCUUCAAAAAGUCGAGCCGCGGGCUACCACACUGGCAAGUUCUGUUUUGUUCACGGUGCUGGUAGACACACCACAGAGGAGUGUUUCUCUGUGCUCCAGUUAAAGAAAGAGCGAGCAGGAAAGUUCGUGAAGGGGUCGGGGGAAGCCGAGCGCCCCCCCAAAACCGACCCAGGGUAGCAACCCGGGGGGGGGAGGAUACCGAGACUGCAGUGCAGGCUGACAAAAGUAGCUUGUAUGAAUCUGUUGUGGCCGCGUGCAGUCAACCUGAAAUAAUGGCGCUUAAAGUCAAGCUGGGUCCGCUACAAGCGUCAUUUGCGGUCGACACCGGCGCGGCGGUUAAUGUGUUGUCUGAAAGGACAUACUUAGCUUUGAAACGCGCGUCGCGGGGAGGCCGCUACCAGCUACGACCCUCGGACCUGAGCCUUUGCGGUGUCACCGCCGACAGGCUUAACAUCCUUGGGUUGGUGAGUUUGCCAGUGAGUUUGGGACGAAACACCCCUGUCAUGCGUUUGGAUUUUUACGUGACGUCAAACUUUUCCCUGCCGUCUGACGGUCUUCUUGGGUUGUCGUCACUGAGGUCUAACCGCAUGGUAAUACAUCCAGAUAGUAAUACAGUGCGGUUUCAAGGGAGAUGUUUCAAGGCCAUGGAUCAACCUGUGCGCCUCGCUUCUCCCUGGGAAAGAAGAGAAAUACCCAGCAAGGGUCGGGAAAGUGUUUCUCCUGAGUCGGUCGUGCAUACCGUGCCGACUCUUUCCACGGUGCCGGUGCAUGGCGCGGGCACC